AUGCUAUGGCACGCAAAAGCUUUAGAAGCCUAUACUGAAGCCUUCAACGCUUUGCAGGGUUUGCAUGAAGAAUCUGAUUUAAAUGAUUUUCGUACAACUCUACUCAAUACCCUUGCAAGUACAGACCGAUCUGGACUCAGCAUCACUUCUGCUGGCCUUGAGGCCACGAAGGAGCAAGAAAGACAACGCAUUAAUAACAUGUCUGAUGGGCUUUCAAUUAAACCGGAUGAGACUAACUACAAACAGAUCAAAAGGAGGUACCCCAACCAAACUCUUGGACUUGCUCCCUCUUCAGCAUCCAGACUGCGUGAGGCUUUGGUAGGUUAUUGUUAA